AUGACCUUGUACGAGUUUUUGGCCGGCGAGUGUAAUGGGCAAAAAGAGACUUUGGAUGGAAGAGAUGAAGUUGGUUGCGGAAGCUGUUUUCAGCAGUAUACUUGUGGAGCGAAUACGAACAGGUUCACCUGCUUGCCGAUAGAGAGGAUUUGCGAUGGAGAAAAGAACUGCCAGGAUGGAAGUGAUGAGGUCAACUGUUGCCAGUGGACGAACUGGGGAGCAUGGCAAGAGAGGGUGGUCUACAAUUCGGAUGAAGUAACGAAAGUUAGAUACAGAGACUGUGGUAGAACAACAACAAUUGAUGGAGAAUUGGUUCCAGAUGGAAAUUGCCGAUGUCCGGGCGAAAAAGAUUAUAUUCAAGAGUGGAUGACUUCAUCGCUAACUCAAGCUGAAUCUGGCGGACUCACCUGGGAACAGAUCGAUCAAAAUAGCCUGAAUGGAGGUCCGUCCAAUUCAACUGAAAGCCAAUCACUUCAAGAACCUCAGAAGCCUAAGCUGAGUACCCUGUCGAUAAUCGGAAUCGCUGCUGGAAUUCUCGCAGCACUUAUUUUAAUUAUAAUCAGCCUUACGUGCUAUCGUAAGAAGAAAAGAAAGGUGUUGAAGGCAAAAACUCUCACUAGAAUUCAAGAAGAAUUUCGAGCCGAAAGUCAUUCUAUCAACCCGUAUUCUUCCUACAGCGGAUAUACUGUUUCUGUUUGA